AAAAUUCUUAAAAAAUUCCCAAUGUUAAAAUUUUUGAUUACGAAAUUAACUCGGUUUUGUUUCUCCCUUUUUCUGUUCAUUUUCUGGAGUCUUUUUAAAUUAGCAAUAUAUCUAUUUUUGGCAAGUGAACUUUUUGCGGCUCUUUAUUAUUUGAGUAAUUCUUUGUCUAAUCAAUUUUUUGAACGUUUAAAAGAACAUAUGCAAAAAAUGCAAUCAAAUCAAAUUCAAGCAUCUCGUGUAUCUGUGAAUGAAUUGGAUUAAAAGUAUUAAUCCUGAAACAUAGGUACAAAGCCGCAGCCUCAAGUUGAUGUUUUAAUGGACCAUUUUUGGAAAACCUUGAAAAAAUGGUUAUGGAAAAUCGCACAAGCAGAUGGCUGAAGAUGCCCUAGGAUAUGUUUUAGAAAAAUAAAUACAUUACAAACUACAAUUUAACAAUUCGUUAUAAAAUUUCUCAACUUUUCUGGCAGUUCCCAGUUUUCAUUUCCAAAAAUGUAAAGCCUACUUAAAAAAAAAGCAAAUAUCCAAAAGUACAUAAAACUAAAUGGUUUCUAUACACUUGCCUCAGUUGAUUGCAAUGAAAGGUCUUUGCAUCGUGUUGACUACCUUAUUGCUGCCCCUAGUCAAGGCCGGUUUGUUCACUUCUCAGACUAACGAUUCCGUGACAACGGAACUCCUAGUAAAAGAACAUGGAUACCCUUUUGAGAAGCACACAGUUGUUACAGAGGAUGACUACAUCUUGGAGUUACAUCGAAUUCCCUACUCUGCUCGAGCGAAUUCAUCAUCAUCUUCCGGACCUCGUCAAGUUGCCUUCAUGAUGCACGGCCUUGGGGUUUCCUCAAGUGAUUGGAUUAUCCUGGGACCAAAUUAUUCCCUAGCUUACGCUCUCUCCGAUGCUGGUUUUGACAUCUGGAUGGGCAAUGCUCGUGGAAACACCUAUUCCAUGAAAAAUACAAAACUCAGCUCUAAAUCGUCUGAGUUCUGGAAUUUUUCAUGGCAUGAAAUUUCUGUAAUUGAUUUGCCAGCCAUGAUCAAUUACGUAUUAGAAUUCACAGGAGAAAAGCAAGUUCGGUAUUUCGCACAUUCGGAAGGAACCACGAAUUAUUUGGUUCUGAAUUCAAUGAAGCCUGAGUGGAAUGAUCGUUUCAAAUCAGCGCACUUGAUGGCUCCAGUGGGUUUUAUAAGUCAUUCGACUAAUAUUUUUCUCGCUAUUGGAAGUCCAAUAGCGGGCCAACCUAAUCCCAUAAGAGAGAUAUUGGGGAGUUUUAAGUUUAAACCUAGCAAGGAGAUAGCACUGGUAUUGAAGGAGUUAACGUGCAAUUUUUCAUUACCCGAACAGUUUCAGGUGCUAUGUGGAAAUACACUCUUCAGCCUUACCGAAUUUAAUGAAGACAGCGCCAAUGAAGAAUAUAUUUCUGAUAUUAUGGCCACAACACCAUCAUCAUUAUCAAUCAAUCAAUACCUUCACUAUAUCCAAGAGUAUAGAUCUGGUUACUUUCGACAAUUCGAUUAUGGUUCGAUACGAAAUUUGGUCGAAUAUGGUGCAGCAGAUCCCCCGGAAUAUAAUUUGACAAAUGUCAAGGGACCAGUUUUUAUAUAUUUUGGGGAAGCUGAUAAGUAUGUCACAAGACCUGAUUUAGAUAGAUUAAUUGAAAAUCUUCCUAAUUCGACGUUGGCUGGAUUAUAUGCUGUUCCAAGGGGAAAUUUUGAUCAUUUAGCUUUUCUUUAUGCAAAAGAUGUUAAAAAAGUCAAUGACAAAGUACUAGAAGAUGCAAAAUCAAUUAAAUAAAUAUUUACUUUCAUUACUAUGUGGAAAAUAGU